UUCCACACAAAUUUUUAAAUAUCAUCCCCAUCCCCACCCCCUCUCUCCCAUCACCGCCUUCCAGAUCAUUCCAGCGUACCGAAGAUGGCCUGUUUGUUUCCUUUCUAGUUCGCCCCUCUUCCGAUUCUCGAAGUCUGGCCGGUUGUCGCCAGCUUCACGCGGGUGCUGUUCCCCAAUUUUCUUAAUUUUAUUUCCAGCCAGAGGGGGAAGAUGGUCUUUGGGCAAAUUGUAAUCGGUCCUCCUGGAUCCGGCAAAACAACCUACUGCAAUGGCAUGUCUCAGUUCCUGAAACUAAUUGGAAGGAAGGUUGCUGUAAUCAAUCUGGAUCCUGCUAAUGACUCAUUGCCCUACGAAUGUGCUGUGAACAUCGAGGAUAUUGUGAAAUUAAGUGAUAUAAUGGCGGAACAUUCUCUAGGUCCUAAUGGGGGCCUUGUGUAUUGCAUGGACUAUCUAGAGAAAAAUAUUGACUGGUUAGAAGCUAAGUUGGAACCCCUUCUGAAAGAUCACUAUCUACUGUUUGAUUUUCCUGGCCAAGUUGAGCUAUUCUUUCUUCAUUCAAAUGCCAAGGAGGUUAUCAUGAAACUUAUUAAAAAAUUGAACCUAAGGUUGACUGCAGUGCAUUUGGUUGAUGCUCAUCUUUGCAGUGACCCUGGAAAGUAUAUUAGUGCAUUGCUUCUAUCUUUAUCAACGAUGCUACAUCUAGAACUCCCUCAUAUUAAUGUCUUGUCAAAAAUUGAUUUAAUUGAGAGCUAUGGAAGGCUAGCAUUUAACCUUGAUUUCUACACAGAUGUGCAAGACUUGUCAUAUUUACAGCGCCAUCUUGAUCAGGAUCCUCGUGCUGCUAAGUACAGAAAAUUAACGAAGGAAUUAUGUGAAGUUGUAGAAGACUUUGGUCUUGUAAACUUCACAACCUUAGAUAUUCAGGACAAAGAAAGUGUUGGGAAUUUAGUGAAGCUGAUAGACAAAAGCAAUGGGUACAUAUUUGCUGGCAUAGAAGCUAGUGCAGUUGAAUUCAGCAAAAUUGCUGUUGGCCCUGUUGAUUGGGAUUAUUAUAGAGUUGCAGCAGUGCAAGAAAAGUACAUGAAGUAUGAUGAAAACAUUGAUUACGAUGAUUGAUGGGGGAAGUUGAGAAACAUUUUGGGAGGAGAAUGACACCCAAGUGUUAGAGGCUCUUGUGAAUUCAGUCAAAGCGCCAGAGCUGACAUUUACUUUCAUAGAAUUACCCGGAACAGGCCAACAGCAAGUGGCAGCUAAAUUUGUGGAUGGGAAUCUUGUUCUUCAAAUGAGAUUGUUAUGUUUGUGUAAAAUGGAUUUCGAAAAAGUUUACCUAUUUAUCGGUGCUAAGUAAUUGUGGAAUGUCAGAAUUUGAACAAUGUUGGAUACACUGUGGGGUCCCGGCAUUUAACAGUAAUGUCAUGUUCGCGACAUCCAUCCAUCAAGCCGAAACAGUCCCCAUGCUCAGAUUGAAAGAAAGUCGGUGGCUGGAACAAAAUUUACAGGAGCGACAUCUGGAAGAAGCUGCUGCUACAAAAUUUUCAAGAUUUUUAAAUGGACUUGAACGACGGAACAAAGUGCGGCAUGGUUGUUGGGCCUUGAAUCUUGUUAAUUUCUCUUUUCCUUUUCAAUUGUCAGAUUAUUAUAUAAGAAAGUAAGGCGUCUCGCAAACUUGAAAAGGGGCUGGUACAAGAUAUCCCAGCGUUGUUUUAAGGUUCUCCAGUGAAAUGUUGAGAAUGUUUUUAGAAGAUUCAA